UUUCCUCUUGAUACCCUGUUCACUUCAUCCUGGUUCUGUCCCAACCAAUACAAACACACUGGAUGGAAUUUCAUUGCACAGUUUAAUAUUUGGAUAAAUUAAAGCAAGUUGAAUCUAUACCCUCUAAAACAAUGGCAUCAUUAUUGCUUUUUUUUUAAAAACAGUGAAAACAGCAUUUUUGUUGCAAAUCCGAGUAUCUUCCAGUCCAACAUUCCAGAAAAAGUUCUUCUUGGUAUUAGUGAGAUAAUUUCAUGUUAUCCAAGUUGUUCUUGCGUUCUCGCUCACUAUGAGAUGACAUGCAUUUGUAAUGAGCUGAACUUCGGCUUAGUCGCUUGAUAGCGGCGUGAUCCGUAAAUAAUGUAAAGAGAUAAGCACUGGGCUGCCUUCAUCGGCCAUUCAGGCUCUUAAACGCUGAUCAGUUUCACAACUCAGACAUUCAGAGAAUAGCCAGCAGCUCUCAGAAUCGAGUCGAUCUUUCAUGUUGUGACGGAAUAACUUAUCACACUGUCCGUGCUGUUCGACAUCCAUUACAUCCAUUAUCUCUCCUAUGUUGUCCUUCAUCUUAUCUCGACGGACACAAAAUGACACACAACAACAACAAGAUGGGUUAUGUGGGUAUGCAACCUGUGCCGAAAACAACAAGAAAUCCUCACCAAGUCGGGAGCGUGGUUCUACAGUGGUUCUGAAGGGUCCAGAUCCGGGUCCCGGGCUAAAGUGAGGGGAGGACCAGUCAGAGCGAGCAAGGACCCUCUCAGAAACGGCUCAGGGUUCCCGACAGACAGAAAAAGAAGCCCAUCAGCAUCCAGGGAUCCAAACGCGGCAUAUAACCAAAGGGAGGGGGAAGGAGGAUUGCAGUAUGCCCCGGCUGAAGGUGGCAUGCCCCGCUCACCGUCCGACUACGGACGGGACCCUGGCCGAUCACCGAGGAGUUCAAGGAUGUACGACGAGGUGGGAGGAUAUCGAGACAGUCGAGGGCGCUGGCACUCGCAGGGCCAGCGUUUGGAUGGCCAGUUAGAUGACUAUGAACUCCAGAGGCGUCGUGAGGAGGAGUACCAGGCUCAAUAUCGCAGCGAUCCUAACUUGGCACGCUACCCGGUCAAACCCCAACCCUACGAGGAGCAGAUGCGCAUCCAUGCACAGGUAUCACGGGCUCGGCACGAACGUCGCCAUAGCGACGCAUCGCUUGCCUAUACGGAAUUCGACGAGCCUCUGCAUGGCCCUAGAGGACGGCAGUCUCGGGUCCCUUUUUUGGGAGGCCCGAGUCAACGCUCGUACUCAGUGGACAGGAGCUCACCGGUACAUCGCACGUCCAAUCACAGCCCACCGACACCACAUCGUAGCCCGUUGCUUGGCGACAGUUGGCGAGGCGUUGGGGAUCCGUCAAGAAAACCUAUACCCCAGCAGCACCACUUGGAUCCUAGCUCAGCCAUGCGCAGGAACAAAAUGGAUAGCAUGCUACGAAACGACUCGCUAAGCUCGGACCAAUCAGAGUCGGUUCGACCUCCUCCGCCUAGACCCCACCGCAGCAGACGCAUUGGAAAGCUCAGGACCAUGGGUAGCUUCAGUAGCUCAGAGGAGGAGCUGGCCACCACGCCUGAGUACACCAGUUGUGAGGACGUGGAGCUGGAAAGUGAGUCCAUCAGUGAAAAAGGCCACAUUCAAAGGGGAAAAAGAAAAACAAUUGAGCAGACAUAUUUUUCGGACGCCAAUUAUGCCCCGUCCGAGAGGCAAAAGGCAGUGGUGCGAUUUUGGGACCGUUGCCACGAGGAGGACGCCGAGUGGUGCGAGCCCCAGGUGAAAGAUUCAGGGGUUGACACGUGCAGUAGCACCACGCUAAACGAGGAGCAUAGCCAUAGCGACAAGCACCCGGUGACAUGGCAACAGUCCAAAGAUGGAGAGCGCCUAAUAGGGCGGAUAGUACUAAACAAACGGAUGAAAGAUGGCACAGUGCCCAGAGACACAGGCGCACUGCUGGGCCUCAAGGUGGUGGGUGGGAAGAUGACAGAGUCUGGGAGACUGUGUGCUUUCAUCACAAAGGUGAAGAAAGGAAGUCUAGCAGAUACCGUGGGUCAUCUCCGACCAGGUGAUCAGGUCCUGGAGUGGAAUGGCAGGGUCUUGCAAGGAGCCACAUUCAAGGAAGUUUACAAUAUUAUUCUAGAGUCCAAACCGGAGCCCCAGGUGGAGCUGGUGGUCUCACGCCCGAUUGGAGAUGUCUCUAGAAUACCCGAGAGCACACAUGGACAACUUGAAUCAAGUUCAAGUUCCUUUGAAUCCCAGAAAAUGGGCCCUUCUAUCUCUGUCACGUCCCCCAUGAGUCCUGGCAUUCUCCGGGACACCCCUCAGUAUCUGUCUGGACAGCUCUCGAGCCCAUGCCUUAGUAGAAGAACCACGCCUUUUGUCCCUAGGGUUCAGGUAAAACUGUGGUACGAUAAAGUGGGACAUCAACUCAUUGUUACAAUCCUGGGAGCCAAAGACCUGCCUGCACGGGAAGAUGGGCGGCCUAGGAACCCCUAUGUAAAAAUCUACUUCCUCCCAGACAGAAGUGACAAAAGCAAGAGAAGGACAAAAACAGUGAAGAAAUCCCUCGAGCCCAAGUGGAACCAGACGUUUAUGUACUCCCCAGUACACAGACGAGAGUUCAGAGAGCGUAUGCUGGAGAUCACGCUAUGGGACCAGGCCAGGGUGCGAGAGGAGGAGAGCGAGUUCCUUGGAGAGAUUCUGAUAGAGCUGGAGACGGCACUGUUAGAUGAUCAGCAUCACUGGUAUAAGCUACAAACACACGACCUGUCUUCUAUGCCGCUGCCCAACCCAUCCCCUUACAUGCAGAGACGCCUUCUACAUGGAGAAAGCCCAACACGCAGGUUACAAAACAAGGGGCCGUAUUAUUACAACUCAGGGUCUCAGAGAAUCAGUGACAGCGAGUUCUCUGAUUAUGACUGUGAAGACGGGAUCGGUGUUAUCUCAGAUUACCGACAUAAUGGCAGGGAUUUCCAGAGCUCAACGCUGUCUGUACCUGAGCAGGUUAUGUCGUCCAAUCACUGUUCACGAUCUGACAUUAUUCGCACACGGUCACGGUCCCCCAGCGUUCCUCCACCACAGAGCCGAAGUUUAGAUCAUGGUGUGAGAGGAGGACCAUCAAAUUAUGGCCCCCGUCAUCGACUGUCUGAGGACCGAUAUUCUCCAGACAGCCAAUAUCUUACCCUCCCUCCUCGAACCAGAAACAGACCAAUCAUCGACCUCACUAUCCAGGACCCCAGUGUGUGCCCUCUCUAUCGAGAAGAUGCGGUCAGGUUACUUCGCUCCACUAAGAUGGCCCGUGCAUGCUCAGAAGGCUCUUACAGUAGUGUGGACAGAAGAAUAAAGAGGGAUAGACAAAUAUCUGCAUACAGUGACUCAUUUGAAUCUCCUGACAGAUAUUACAAUGGGCCCAAUCAUGUUAUGAACGGAACGUCUGGGGACUACAGAGAGGACCAUAUCCCAGAGUUCCCAGCAAACCAUGAGUACUUUGAAGAUCUCAGGUACAGCCGCAGUAUGGUGGACAGGCAUGACCAUUACAGGUCCAGGUCGGCCGACCAGCGGCCCAUGAUGGAGCGUCCGGUCUACACCCGCUCCCGCUCGUCCGAGCGGCCCGACUCCGGCUACAUGCGAUCCAUGCCAUCCUUACCGUCAAGGAGAUCAGCCCCCCCCUCUCCCGCCCUAACGAGGGCAAACCCACGCACCGGAUCAGUCCAAACCAGUCCCACCAGUACGCCCGUGUCGGGUCGGAGAGGUCGGCAGUUACCGCAGAUCCCACCGAAGGGUUCCAUGGACAGAAUAGAUGGCGAGGGCAUGACUGAGCCUUAUGAAGCAGUGGGAGGGGCUUCACAAUCCCCAGCCCCGCCUCCUACACCUCCCCAAAUCACUCAAACAAUGUCUGCUCAAUUGGGAAUGGAGUCUCCUGUCCCUGGUCCUGCCAUUGCACAUGCCACUGCCCAUGCCCCUGUUCCCCCUCCUGCCCCUGCUCCUCCUCUCACACAUGCCACUCCCCCUCCUGCUCCUCCCCCUGUUCCAACCCCUCCUACUCCCACAACAUCAUCAGCCCCACCUGCUGGCCAACAGGCUUCUGUGUCAGGCAUUUUAAAGGAUCCAUCAAGGCGAGGAACGGACAAUCUAUCCAUGAGAUCAUCGGACAGCGAUGUAAGCGACGUGUCCGCUAUGUCGAGUGCGUCUCGGCUUAGCAGCACGAGUUACAUGUCUGUCCAGUCAGAAAGAGCUCGGGCCAAUCGCAAGAUCAGCCGCACAGAGGCACUUCACAGUCAGGGAGAAGAGGGCACUGUGGUGGGGGACGAGCAGGUGGAAGCAGCGUCAGGAAGUGCUCAGGGGGCAGGGCAGGAUGGGGAGGUGGGAGGGGCUACUAAUAACUCAGAGCCGGAGGAGGAACAUGAGCAGGAACCUGAGAGGGCUCAAACAGCCACACCUGGUUCCAACAUCACCAAGAGUUCCAGCGUCGGUGGAGACAUGUGUUCACUGGGUAGAAAUGACGAUGAGGAUGAUGACAAGAAGAGGCGCUCCAGUUUUGGGGCAAAGAUGGCCGCCAUGGUGGGACUUGGGAAGAAAAGCCAAAGUACUUCUCAGCUGGACCCAGAGGAGGAGGGUAAAAAGAAGAAGCCUGUGCGUCUGGCAAUCCAGCGGAGCGUGGAGACAGGUUUAGCAAUCGAAAUGAAGAACAGAAUGACGCGCCAGCCCAGUCGAGAGACCACAGACGAUGGUGAAAAGGCAAAACCUGGAAAUCUCAUCUUUCCUGGAGUGAAGCUUUCCUCAGACAGCCAGUUUACAGAGUUUUUGGAUGGUCUUGGGCCCGCCCAGCUGGCAGGGAGACAGACACUGGCCACACCCCCGAUGGGAGACAUCCAGAUUGGUAUGGUGCACAGGAAGGAGAGGCUGGACGUGGAAGUUAUUCGGGCUAGAGGCCUAGUGGGCAAACCAGGCAACAAACAGACUCCAGCACCUUAUGUAAAAGUGUACCUGUUAGACAAUGGGAAAUGUAUCAACAAAAAGAAAACCCGGACAGCAAGAAAAACACUGGAUCCUCUCUACCAACAGCAGCUUCAGUUUGAGGAGAAUCCCGAGGGAAAGGUUUUACAGAUUAUUGUUUGGGGGGACUAUGGGCGCAUGGACCACAAAUCAUUCAUGGGAGCAGCCCAGAUCUUAUUGGACGAUUUAGAGCUAACCAACAUGGUGAUUGGCUGGUACAAGCUCUUUCCUCCCACCUCCUUGGUGGAUCCAACCUUGGCACCUUUAACUAGUAGACCUCCAGAAUCAGGCCUGGAGAGCUCCGGCGUUCGGUCAUAGCGGCACGAGCAGCUGAGCUGUGGAGAGCGGCGUGAGUAGCUCCAGCUACAGACAGAGAGAAAAGCGCCUCGACGGGUCACGUCCUGGUUACACUGCAUGCUUGAUGUUGUGUCCUCUGAGCCCGUACGACGAGAGGCUGCGAAAACGGCCUGCGUACUUCUGCCAAAAAAAAAAAGAAGAAGAAAAAGAAAACAGUAUGCUGCUGUCACACGCAGGGAAAUAAAGCCACAGGACGUCUCCGUUCUGCUAAAGAGAUGCAGCCAGCGGUACACGGCCGAGUUCUGACUCUUUACACGACGGAUGGAGGAGAACAUUAGGAGAGCUGGAAAAGAAGAACGACACCUUUCUACUUUGGCUCUUUCAUUCCAAGAGAUGUCAGUGUUUCUUACCUAAAACUUGUUGCAUUGUAGCCAUUACAGUGAGCCAAGCCCCAAAAAUAAGCUCUUGGCUAAGGAAAGAUGAUGUCCACCUGAGAAUGCAUAUUCUGAAUACUCAGACAAGCCAGAUCUCCGUGUGAUCUUUGCAGUUUGGUGAUGAGAAAAAUGGAUAUGCCAGAUUUCGCGUUUGAUUCAGGACGACAGAAUUAUAAAAGAAAUGUAUGGACCUUUUCGUGCUCUGGUAUGAUGUUCUUUGUUGAUGUACUGUAUGAAAUUCCAUGAAUUUUUUUUUUUUCGUUUCUUUUUUUGCAUGGAUGCAAUUUGUUUUAAAACAAAAAAAAACAAAACAAUGUUAUUUUCCUCAAGGCUGCAACUUGCAAAAAAAGAAUAAUAUAAAAGAAAAAUAUUUAAGGAUGAACAGAUCAGCCAUUUUCAACAUUUGUAUUAUUUUUAAUAUGAAGUUCUCUAGUGCAUGGUUUUCGAACAGACUGAAUGCAACAUGAUAAGAAGUGAUUGUCAUCCUUUAGACUAUUCUUCUGUAUUUUUACAGAUCUCAGAUACAGGUGUGGCCUGGGGAGACUUUGCUAUGUCAUAUUAUGAAAAAAGCAAUCGAGAAAACAAGAGAUGGUCGAGGAAACUCAAUAAAUGUACAAUAUUCAUUGCGAUGUAAAGGGCCCGAGCCUUAAAUGUAACAUUAUAUGAAAAUUGUACAUUUCCACCUUCGAAAGCAGCCAUGAUUGUGUACGUGUGGAGACAGAGAUGGGUCUGUUACACUAGCUGAAUGGCUCGUUCAUUUUAAAGCAAGCAUGUCGAAAGGGUCUGCAACAUGGAUCGAGCACACUGUCUGAGUAAUACAGCAUGUUUUGAUAGAGACAUCUGGGAUUUCUGUGUACAGUGCAUGUGGACCAGAGGCUCGGCCAUGCCCCGAUCUGACGUCAUCCACGGAUUCAGGUCGAGGUUUCGCGGCUGACGGUUCAGACAUUCGAUGCAACAUUCCACCUCUUGGCACUCAUGUUUUCUUGACGUUUUGAAAAGGAAAAAAGAAAAUCAAACAGACAAAAGAAAAAAACAUGGGAAUAAGCAAAGAAGAAAAUUUAUAUUUAUUCAAGGUUUACUUGGAAAAAAUUGCAAGUAUAUUUUAUUUUAUUAUUGUUAUAAAGAAAAUGGUAUAAAAACGGAUCCCAUUGGAUGGUGCUGUACGUAGACUCUGAACUGUGGACUAGACGACAAUGAUCUCGCUUGUGUUGUUCAACACGAUGGACACUGGUUGUUGAAUCUGCUGAGUCACGCAGUUCGUGAAGAUGGGAAAAUUGCCACAAAAUAUGAAUUUUUAAUUGUUUCUUGUUUUGAAAGAAUAAAAUUCAUUUACUAA